GGGCGGGGCGAGCCCUGAGUGGUGAGGCGCGGGGGCGGCUCCCGGGCCGGGCGAAUAGUGGAGAGAGCCAUGGCCGUUCUUCGUGUCCUGCUGCCCCGCGUCCGCGGCCCACUGAGGCCCCCGAUCCACAGCUCGGUGUGGCGUCCCUUCGCCUCGGGUGCCAACUUUGAGUACAUCAUCGCAGAAAAAAGGGGGAAGAAUAACACCGUGGGGUUGAUCAAGCUGAACCGCCCCAAGGCCCUUAAUGCACUUUGCAAUGGGCUGAUUGAGGAGCUCAAUCAGGCACUGAAGACCUUCCAGGAGGACCCGGCCGUGGGGGCCAUUGUCCUCACCGGCGGGGAUAAGGCCUUUGCAGCUGGAGCUGAUAUCAAGGAAAUGCAGAACAUGAGUUUCCAGGAGUGUUACUCCCAGAAGUUCUUGAACCACUGGGACUGCAUCACCCAGGUCAAGAAGCCGGUCAUCGCUGCUGUCAAUGGCUAUGCUCUUGGCGGGGGCUGUGAGCUUGCCAUGAUGUGUGACAUCAUCUAUGCCGGCGAGAAGGCCCAGUUUGGACAGCCCGAGAUCUUACUAGGGACCAUCCCAGGUGCAGGAGGCACCCAGAGACUCACCCGUGCUGUCGGGAAGUCGCUGGCGAUGGAGAUGGUCCUCACCGGUGAUCGGAUCUCAGCCCAGGAUGCCAAACAAGCAGGUCUUGUAAGCAAGAUUUUUCCAGUUGAGACACUGGUGGAAGAAGCCAUCCAGUGUGCAGAAAGAAUUGCCAGCAAUUCCAAAAUCAUAGUAGCAAUAGCCAAAGAAUCAGUGAAUGCAGCUUUUGAAAUGACAUUAACAGAAGGAAAUAAGUUGGAGAAGAAACUCUUUUAUUCAACCUUUGCAACUGAUGACCGGAAAGAAGGGAUGGCCGCGUUUGUGGAAAAGAGAAAGGCCAACUUCAGAGACCAGUGAGAAGCAGCCGCCCUGCCCCACGCCUCUACCUGGAGGGGAAAAGCGUAGCCUGCCAGUUUUAGAAGCAAGUAAAUCACCCUCUUCUCAA